AGUCAUAUAAAUCAUAAUCUUAAUGCUUGAAUCCAUACUUCCAUAGAGCUGUUCACCAGGGCAACAGUUAGAUAAAAAAUUUGUCGCAGUUCGAGCUACUUAAUUCCUCUGGUGCAUAUAUUGAAGUUAUUUGCACUGAAAUAAGUGUUUCUACAUCAAAUGGCAAAAAGUGAUGAUGGGUACUUGAGCAACAUUAAUUGGGCAGAGGCUAGAAACGAAGCUAGCAACGAAUCCGGUGCUGAAAUCACAGCUGAUGAGUGGAUAAUAUCCAUACUUAAAGAGAGUCUCGUUGCAUCUUCACACAAGCGGCUAUCCAAGGUUCCACCACAAUUACGGGAGAAGGAGGAAAAUAAGGGAUUUUUUGAUCCUCGAGUUGUUUCAAUCGGUCCUUAUCACCAUGGCAAGCCUGAGUUGAAGGAAGUGGAGAAGUUCAAGACCAAAGCGGUACGUGCAUUCAUAGAUGGAAGCAAAGUUGAGCCCCAUGUAAUCUAUAACAAGAUGGUAGAAGUGGUGAGCGAUGUUAGGAACUGCUACCUUGAGGGCUCAACAGACGCCUAUGACGACGCAGCAUUCGCCCGUAUGAUGCUCCUUGAUGGUUGUUUUCUCCUGCACUUCAUAUAUAUCAACGUUUCUCCUCGAGGGCCAUUUCUAGAUGAGCUAGUGAAGCAUGUAGGAGAAGCUGGUAUGCGUGGGAUAAUUGCGGACAUCAUUUUGCUGGAAAACCAACUUCCUUUCCGAGUUCUCCAGGUCUUGAUAAGUAGUAGCAGUUCUGCAGAAAGCGUAUUGGAGGAAUUCAUCGAGAAUUUCGUUGUCCAAGUUUACAUAGAUAACAAUGCAACGUGGAGAAAACAAACUUACAAGCAAGAGGUAGAGCAGCCCAUUCAUUUUCUAGACCUUGUAAGGAGAAGAUUUAUUAUCACGGACUCUCGGACAAAAGAAGUAGUAGUUAGCAGCAGCAGCGGCGAGAAAAAAGUACCACACCAAACCGGUUCCUUCAAAACCAUUAAUAUUCCCUGCUGGCGACCAAAAAGUAGGAAUAAGAAGAGGAACCCACUCAAGGAUGUUUAUAGUCACUCAUUUCGUUCAGCCACAGAACUUAAAGCAAGGGGGAUACAUUUCAGGCCUAGCAACACAUUUUCUUUGAAUGACUCCACUUUCACUUCUCAGUUUGGCUACGGAUUGCUCACACUACCUCAACUCAAAUUUGAUUGGGGAAUAAAAUAUGCACUUCUAAACAUGAUGGCCUAUGAAUUGGCACCCAAUUCAUCAAAUCGCCUAGAGGUGUGCAAUUACAUCUACUUCAUGAAUUCACUCAUAAAUGGAACUGAAGAUGUGAUCGAGCUAAGAACACAUAACAUCAUUCAUAACUUCUACGGCACUGAUGAAGAAGUCGCAAAAACAUUCAACUCCAUGGCCACAGGGGGUGGAUAUCUUUCCUUGGAGGGCCCUAUUAAAGAUGUCAGUGAUCAAAUACAAGAGCAUUACAACAGCAGGAUGAAGACUUGGACGGCUCAACUAUUGCACAACUAUUUCAGCAAUCCCUGGUCUGCUGUGGCUUUCUUUGCCGCAACUUUCGCACUGGUUCUGACUUUCAUUCAAACAUUUUUUCCUCGUUAGGAAAAUUAAAGAAGGUUCAAGGAUGACAUGGGAGAUAGUUGGAUUCAUCAAUCCGACUGAUCUGUGCUUACUGCUGUGCUACUGUAGUUUCUCAAAAUAAUAGGAUCCUCCAAGUUUCAAGAGCAUCCAACAAGUUAAUCAUGUGUGUAAGUGGUUAAAUUUAAAGCAAGAACUCGAUCACUUGUUAAGUUUUUGUUUUUAUUUAUUUAUUUUAUUUUAUUUUAUUUUUUGUUUUUGUUUUUUGUUUUUUUAUUUAUUAUUAUCUUAGCUAGUCUGCUUCUGGGGUGUUUAUUAUCUAAGAGCAAUAUCUUUAAUGAUGAUUCAAUAAAGAAGCGUGUUUUGCAAUA